GCAUCUGGAUGCUAACUUAAUAACAUCGAUUCCACCUGAAGCGUUUGUGGGACUGACCAAUCUCAAGCAGUUAUGGCUGGACGACAACCGGCUUGACCACAUUCCUGUCCAGGCGUUCAGAGAAUUAACAGGACUGCAAGCUUUAACUCUGAUAAAAAAUCAGAUAGAAAACAUCCCAGACCACGCCUUCCAGAACAACACCAAGCUCUUUCAGCUACGACUAGCCAAUAAUGAAAUCAAAGAUAUCGCUGAGCAUGCACUGUAUGGACUCACACAACUUAAGUACCUCCAACUUCAGAAUAAUCGAAUUCAAACAAUGCCGUCUGCCUUUAAACACCUGGUGAAUUUAGGAGAACUCAAUCUUGAGGGCAACCGACUGACCGAGAUCCCACAAGACAGCUUUCAGCAGAAAGAAAAACUGACUAUGUUAAUCUUGAGCAACAAUCCAAUCACCUCGGUUUCUGAUGAAGCUUUUGUUAACCUGCCUUCUCUCCAGGAACUUAAACUUUCUGAAGUACACGACAUGACCAAGUUCCCGGAUUUGACAGGGACUAUGAACCUGACAGUUCUCCAACUGGACAGAGCCAACAUCAGGUCCAUUCCUAAAGAAAUUUGUACAAAUUUGAAAAGACUGAAAACAUUCAACAUGGCCAACAAUGAACUGACAUCGAUAGAUGGCCAGCUGUUCAAUGGUAUGGAUCAUCUCAGAGACCUGACUCUCAGCAUCAACUACAUCCAUGCCAUCCCCGAAGAUGCCUUCAUUGGGCUCGGUGCUCUGGAGUAUCUAAAUCUGGCAGAGAAUCAAAUCAGCGAAAUACAUUCACGGGCGUUUGUACCUCUCAAGUCGUUGAAAGAUUUAAAUCUGGGAUACAACAGGAUUCACCAUCUGCCGACAGAAGGUCUUGUCAGUCUGGAGAAGUUGAAAAUAUUUAAUAACCCAGACCUGCGGGAAUUCCCAGCCAAGCAAGAGUUUCCCAAUGUGAACAACUUCAUGUUAACAUAUGCGUAUCACUGCUGCGAUUUUAUUCUGUCCAGGCCCGAGCAAAUUUAUCUGGACAUGAUCAGAGAGCACGUGGUGUGGAUGGAAGCCGGAGAGCCGGGACAAAUGGCCAUGUGGGCCAAGUAUGAGAAUGAUUCCAGAAUAUGGGAAAGUUUAUUUGAAAAUACCACAACAGAGAACGAAAUAUGGGACAGUUUUGUCCGCAACGACUAUGACCUCCUCUCCAGCUACCGUCUGGGGCCAGCUGCUGCCACCUAUCUGGAGGACUACCAGGGUCAGACUUACGACCACAACUAUGUCAUUGCUAAAGCGGCCAUUUCCUGUAAGCCCAAACCAGGUCCAUUCAUGCCAUGCGAUGACCUAUUCGGCUGGUGGUCACUCAGAUGUGGCGUCUGGUUUGUCUUCAUGCUGGCCGUCCUAGGCAACGGUGUGGUCUUCUUCGUUUCGGUCACCAGCAAGUCCAAGAUGGACGUCCCAAGAUUCCUCAUCUGUAACUUGGCACUGGCGGAUUUCUUCAUGGGAAUCUAUCUGGGCAUCUUGGCUAUAAUUGAUGCUUCAACGCUGGGUCAGUUCAAGAAAUACGCCAUCCAAUGGCAGAUGAGCGCCGGCUGUCUGGUGGCGGGCACCUUGGGCGUGCUGUCUAGCGAACUGAGCGUCUUCACGCUGACAGUUAUCACGCUGGAGAGGUUCUAUGCCAUAACACACGCCAUGCAGCUCAGCAAGAGACUGUCUCUCAAACAUGCAGGUAUCAUCAUGCUCUGUGGCUGGAUCUGGAGCUUUGGCCUGGCAAUCUUACCCUUGUUUGGUGUCAGUGACUAUAGAAAGUUUGCCGUGUGUCUGCCAUUCGAGAUUGAAAGCGUCCUCUCGAAAAGUUAUGUGUGUUUCAUCAUGGUCUUCAACGGCAUAUCUUUCUUCAUUAUCCUGAGCUGCUACCUCAUCAUGUACGUCAGCAUCAGGGACAGUCAGGCCUGGAACUCUAACGACACCCGGGUGGCCAAGCGCAUGGCAUUGUUGGUGUUCACCGAUUUUCUCUGCUGGGCACCAAUAGCUUUCUUGUCACUGGCGGCAGCUUUUGGUAAAAAUCUCAUACAUCUUAACGAAGCCAAGGUUCUCACGAUCUUCAUCUUGCCGUUAAACAGCUGUGCCAACCCUUUUCUGUAUGCGUUUUUCACUAAGCAGUUUAAAAAGGACUGUGUGCUUUUGUGUAGAAGACUCGAGGAUUCUUCCAUUGCUAAACAUUUCUCACAGGUAAAUUAUCCUGAUCAUGUUUGA